AUGGAGGGGAAGGUGGAUAAUCGGCAGAACGUGGUGAAGCUGGUGGCUGCCUUUGAGGAGCAGUGCAGGGACAGCAAAUCUGCCCAGAGGGACAAGCAGGCAGGCAGGCAGCCCCAACAGCUUCCCACAUUCCCUGCCAGCCAGAGCUGCUCCCCGAGCAGAGAAGAGAAUGAGGAGAAGGAUCAGCAAGGUCGCCAUGGGCUCAGCUUCAAAUGCCUCCGUUCCCUGCGAUGCAAAAUCCGUGAGGAUGACUGGAGGAGGCCACAGGGUCCAGACCUGGAGCCUGGCAGCCAGGAACCAGAGGAAAAGAAAAUCGCACUGGAGCUGCUGGAGACAGAGCAGGCUUACGUCAACCGCCUCCAUCUCCUUGACCAGGUAUUCUAUACAGAGCUGAUGAAAGAAGCCAAAACUGGGAAGGUGGUCCCAGAGGAGGUGGUGAAAAUGAUCUUUUCCAACAUCUCCUCCAUCUACCAGUUCCACGCCGAGUUCUUCCUGCCGGAGCUGCGGAAGCGCAUGGAGGAUUGGAACCGCAACCCCCGCAUUGGGGAUGUGAUCCAGAAGCUUGCACCCUUCCUCAAGAUGUAUGGGGAGUACGUGAAGAACUUCGACAAGGCUGUGGAGCUCAUCACUGCCUGGUCAGAGAAAUCACCCCCCUUCCAGGAGCUCAUUGCUGACAUCCAGAAGAGGAAGGUCUGCGCUAACCUGACGCUGCAGCACCACAUGCUGGAACCUGUGCAGAGGAUCCCACGCUACGAGCUCCUCCUGAAGGAUUAUGUCCGGAAACUCCCGCCCCAGUCCCCAGACAGGGGCGAUGCCGAGAAAGCCCUGGAGAUGAUUUUUAUGGUGGCCAAGCACUCCAAUGCAGCUAUUGCCGAGAUGGAACGGCUGCAGAACCUCUGGGUGGUCUAUCAGAGGCUGGGCCUCGAGGAUGACAUCGUGGAUCCCUCCAACGAGCUGAUCAAGGAGGGACCAAUCCAAAAAAUCUCCACCCGCAACAACAGCACGUCGGAGAAGUACCUGUUCCUGUUCAACAACAUGCUGCUGUACUGCGUGCCCAAGGUCAUCCAGGUGGGCGCCGAGUUCCAGGUCCACCUCCGCAUGGAUGUGGAGGGCAUGAAGGUGCGGGAGCUGAAGGACACCGAGUUCCCUCACACCUUCCUGGUCUCGGGAAAGCAGCGGACGCUGGAGCUCCAGGCCAGGUCUGGGGAGGAGAUGAACGCCUGGAUCAAGGCCUUCCAAGAUGCCAUUGACAGGAAGGAGAAGAGGAGUGAGACUUUUAAGACAGCAGUCCAUGGACUGGAGACAGACACCCCUGCACUGAAGACAGAGGAGCUGGGCCGCCGGGCCCCACAGUGGGUGCGGGACAAUCUGGUGACCAUGUGCAUGCGCUGCAAGGAGCCCUUCAACGCCAUCACCCGCCGGAGGCACCACUGCCGAGCCUGCGGAUACGUGGUCUGUGCUCGCUGCUCCGACUACAAGGCCGAGCUGCAGUACGAUGGGAACCGCCCGAACCGCGUCUGCCAGGAGUGCUUCAUCUUCCUCACCGGCCACACGGUGCUGGAGGACCGCGAGGGGAAGCACAGAGGGAUCCUGGAGAAAGGAGCUGCAGAGGUAUCAAGCAGGAGUUUGCUCUGCAGUUCGCUGCAGCUGCUGGACAAGAACGGCAAGGCGGGCACACGGGGCUGGUUCGUGAUCCCCCGGGACGAUCCCCUGGUGCUCUACAUCUAUGCAGCCCCCCAGGACGUCCGAGCCCACACCUCCAUCCCGCUGCUGGGCUACGAGGUGCGGGACAUGGCCCAGAGCGAGUCCCGGCACCUCUUCCAGCUGCUGCAGUCGCGGCAGGUGUUCACCUUCGUGGCCGACACCGAGGAGCUGAAACAGCGCUGGAUGAAAGCCAUGGCGCGCUCUGCUGCGGGGAUCGCACCCCCGGAGGAGGAGGAGGAGGAGGAGGGUGCAGGCCCCUGUGAUGAAGCACAAUGAGGCCGUUCCCACCCCUGCCCGCUCUCACUGCUGGGUUUGGGCACACCCCGACAUCUCCGCAUUCUGGUUUUCCGUCGUGAAAGGGGCAAGAUGGGGACGCGGUUUCCGCCACGCGGACGAGCUGGAUCCCCUUUCCCUCCCUGCUCGCUCUCCGCGCGGGGCAGAAGCGCUGCGAGU